UGCAGCUAUAUUAUGUCUUCUUUCAAUAAUCGAUAUAGUGUAUGCAAUAAUUCAAUAUUCAUCAGGGAUGCCUAUAUAUUCUGUAGAUUUUUACACACCACUUGUAAAAUUAAUCACUUUUGGUUUUGUAAUGGUUUUAAUCAGUGCUAAUCGUGCAAGAGGAUUGAGGUCAUCUGGGUUAAUAUUUUUGUUUUGGUUAUCYUUGGCAUUUUGCGGAAUGAUUCAAUAUCGAACAGAGAUCCGACUAGCAUUUUCUGAUGUACCAUCACAAAAAUACCAAUUGAUUAGUUACAUGGUAUAUUACCCUCUUGUUUUAAUACAGUUUAUUUUAAACUUUUUUGCGGAUACUGAUCCACGACUAUCAGAUUAUCCCCCUGUUGAGAAACCAUGUCCUGAGAUGAAAGCAUCAUAUCCUUCGCGGAUAUUAUUCACGUGGUUUGACGUAUUAGCAUGGACUGGUUAUAAUCGUCCUCUAGAAACUAAAGAUUUGUGGAAUAUGAACUAUGAUGAUAGUUCACGAGAAGUAGUUCCUAUUUUUGAUAAACAUUGGGAACGUUCAUUAAUUAAAGCAAAGUUACUAGAUAAUGCAAAAGCAUCUUAUAUUAAACAUAAAUCAGAUGGAAGUAUUGAAGUAUCACCUAUAGAAUAUACAAGAAUUACUCGUGGUACUAAAAGUCAAAAUGAAGCAUCCAUUCUUCCCGCUUUAUGUAAAUCAUUUGGUCGCACAUUUAUAUUUGGAACAUUUCUAAAAGUAAUUGAAGAUUGCUUAGUUUUUGUCAGUCCUCAAGUUCUUAAGUAUUUGAUAGCAUUUGUAGGAAAUUCAAAUGAACCGCUAUGGAGAGGAUAUUUUUAUGUUUUCCUUAUGAUGUUAACAGCAACAUUACAAACAUUGAUAUUGUCUCAGUAUUUCCAUCGUAUGUAUCUUGUUGGUAUGCGUGUACGAACUGCACUUACUUCUGCUAUAUAUCGAAAGGCUUUGAGAAUUUCAAAUACAGCUAGAAAAACUUUUACUGUUGGUGAAAUAGUCAAUUUGAUGGCAGUUGAUGCUCAUAGAUUUGUUGAUCUGACCACUUAUCUGAACAUGAUUUGGUCUGCUCCAUUUCAAAUUGCUCUUGCAAUUUAUUUUUUGUGGCAAUCACUUGGGCCCAGUGUGCUUGCUGGUCUAUUUGUCAUGAUAGUUUUAAUACCAAUAAAUGGUGUUGUGGCUGCUAAAGCAAGAAAUCUUCAGAUCAAACAAAUGAAAAAUAAAGAUCAAAGAGUUAAACUUAUGAAUGAAAUUUUGUCAGGAAUAAAAGUCUUAAAGCUGUAUGCAUGGGAACCAAGUUUUGAACAAAAAGUGUUGGAUAUACGAGGAAAAGAAAUUAAAGUACUUCGUACUGCAGCUUAUUUAAAUGCAGCUACCUCAUUUAUUUGGGCUUGUGCACCAUUUCUGGUAUCAUUAGUAACUUUUGCAGUUUAUGUAUUAUCUGACGAUAGCCAUGUAUUGGAUGCACAAACAGCUUUUGUUUCUUUAUCUUUAUUCAACAUUUUACGUUUUCCGUUAUCUAUGUUACCUAUGUUYGUGUCAAAUGUAGUUCAAUCAAGUGUAUCUGUAAAGAGAAUAAAUAAGUUUAUGAACUCAGAAGAAUUGGAUCCAGAUUCAGUUACUCAUGAGUCUGAUGAAAAAGACCCUCUUGUAAUUGAAAAUGGUACAUUCACUUGGGGUGAACUAACAGAUGCACCAACAUUAUCAAACAUAAAUUUACGAGUUUCAUCUGGACAAUUAGUUGCUGUUGUGGGUACAGUUGGUUCUGGAAAGAGUUCUUUAGUGUCAGCUUUUCUCGGUGAAAUGGAUAAGGUUUCUGGCAGAGUUAACACUAAAGGAUCUAUAGCAUAUGUACCACAGCAAGCUUGGAUACAGAAUACUUCUCUUAAGGAUAAUAUAUUAUUUGGUCAGACAUUAAGUGAUAGAGUUUAUAAUAAAGUCAUUGAUGCGUGUGCAUUGAGAGCUGACUUUCAAAUGCUUCCAGCUGGCGAUGAUACAGAAAUUGGUGAAAAGGGAAUAAAUUUAAGUGGGGGCCAAAAACAAAGAGUAAGUUUGGCAAGAGCAGUUUAUAAAGAGAGUGAUAUAUAUUUUUUGGAUGAUCCAUUAAGUGCUGUUGAUUCACAUGUUGGUAAACAUAUUUUUGAACAUGUUAUUGGACCUACAGGAUUGUUACGAAAAAAAACACGAAUCCUGGUAACUCAUAGUGUUACUUAUCUCAGAGAAGUCGAUUUAAUUGUGGUAAUGAAAAAUGGUCAAGUAUCAGAGUCCGGCACUUAUAAAGAAUUGCUAGAUAAAAAAGGAGAUUUUGCUGAUUUCUUAAUAUUGCACAUGCAAGAACAAAAUGAUGAUAAAGUUGAUGAAAUAGCAGAAAUUGAUAAGUUAUUAGAAGACGCACCUGCAGAUUUAAAAGAAAAAUAUGUUCGCCAGAGAAGUGAAUCUAAUUCAAAUUCUUCAAUGCAAAGGCAAAGAUCUAUUGAUUCUGAAAAAACCAUACCUUUACCUAUCAUUGAUCAGCAAGCUAAAUUGAUUGAAGUAGAAAAAACUGAAACAGGCAGUUUCUAA